GCCUAGAUGACCUUGACGCAUUUUGGUGGGUAUACGAAAAUAAUUGAGUGAAGAACGUAUUCAGGAGGAAACUGAUUCGCUUCUGGGUGUCUUAUGCUACGAACUUUUUAUCGUAGCUUCGUAAACAUGAACAGUCAACUAAAAAUCAGUCAUAUGAGAAUCCCAUAUAGAAAGUCAGAUGAUACUUUUGAUAUCAUAGAUAUAAGCCAAAAGGACCCCUACUUUUAUUCAAGACUUGGUUUGAAGAAGCUGUUCAGUGUGGGCAUGUUUAUGAACCAAAUGCGAUGGCUCUCGCAACAUGCAGCAAGGAAUGCAUUCCGAGUGUACGGUUCGUUCUAUUAAAAGAGUUGGAUGAAAAUGGAUUUCAUUUUUUCACUAACUAUGAAAGUAGAAAAGCUCAAGAGCUAGACAGUAACCCAAAUGCCAGUCUUCUAUUUUACUGGGAAUUUCUCAAACGUCAGGUGCGUGUAGAGGGUACAGUCACACGAUCUUCAGAUUUUGAGAGCGAAGAAUACUUUAAAAGUCGUUCGAAAGCCAGCCAAAUCUCAGCAACAGUUAGUCAACAAAGUCAAGUGGUUCCUAAUCGUGAAUUUUUAGACAAGAAAUAUACAGAACUAGAAAAUGAAUAUGCUGAUAAAGAUAAACUUCCCAAACCUUCAAACUGGGGGGGAUACAUUCUAUUUCCAAAAUCCAUAGAGUUUUGGCAAGGUCAAACAAACAGACUACAUGAUCGUAUCAGAUUUCGUCGUUCCGAUCAAAUUACAGAUAAAAGUGAUAAUGGUUGGGUAUGUGAACGACUAGCUCCAUGAUAAUUUAUUUAUAUCAACUUACAUCUACUUAGUGUAAUUACAUGAAUAGCUUACUUUUAAUAUUUUGCAACUUUUUAUGUGGUGUAAUAAAUGUAUAUGUCGACUG